UGAAUAUUCUGCAUACCGGCUGUAAUCCUGGGUUGGCAUCAUUACAAGAAGUCAUGUCCAGGUCUUUCUAUGUCGACUCGCUCAUCAUCAAGGACUCGGCCAGACCCACGCCUCUGGGUGAGCACACAGCGCAGGACUUCUUCAUCCCCAUCGGUAUGCACGCGCCGGGUGUGAUGGGUGUCCCGGCGGCCGCAUGUCCGUCCCGGAAAAGCGGAGCCUUCUGCGUCUGUCCGCUCUGCGUCGCCACGCAUGUGCACUCUCCCCGGGCUGGCCUGCCUCUGCUGAAGGCUCCAGGAUUCCCGAGCGCAGAUGCACCAUACUGUCAAAGGCUUGCACAACAACACAACUCCGCGCCCGUCUGCACGCCCCCCGCUUACAGCGUCACUGACCCACGGAGAUACCACUGCCUCUCCAUAGGUGCGUCGGAUAACGGCCACGUUCAGAACGGAAAGCGCAUGCGCACGGCCUUCACCAGCACGCAGCUUCUCGAGCUCGAGCGCGAGUUCUCCUCCAACAUGUACCUGUCGCGCCUGCGCAGGAUUGAGAUCGCCACGUACCUCAAUCUGUCGGAGAAGCAGGUGAAGAUCUGGUUCCAAAACCGGCGCGUUAAGCACAAGAAGGAGGGCAAAGGCGCACAGCGGAGCACGCACGCGGGGUGCAAGUGCUCCGGAAACCACGCACCCUACCCGCGAUCAGAGGACGAGGAGUCCCUCUCACCCGCCUCGGCCACGGAGGAGAAAGAGGGUUCGCCAAUUUAACAGAGAAAUGAGAGACACAUAAGGACUCGAUGAUCACUCUAGGACUAUUCACUCUAACUAGCACUUAGACUUCCGUAUGCACGGAUCCUUGGACGUCUCCGAAAACAAGUAGAUAAAGUGGAUGUUUAUGGUUUUAUUCUCUCUACCCGUCACUCUUUCUAAAAUAAUAACCAUAAUAAUAAUAAUACAGCAAACUCUCCGGGGUUGCAUUUACUGCAUUUACAUCCAUGUGGCUGAAUUAACUUUUUUUUUGUAUCCAUGUCCAUCUGAACUUAAACAUUGUAGGUGUGCUUUAACCCUGAGGAUUUUGCUGUUUGAUGUUACAACAAAAGUGACGUCUUCGGAUUUUCUUGUAUGUCUUUUCUACCUAAAAACAAGCUUACAGUCCGUAAACAAGUUGCUUGAAAGGUCUGGCGCAUUUGUGCAGAAAACUCAUGCGCGGUGUAAAUAAUCGGGUGCAACAUGCUGUGUUAGAUAUUUUCCCAAAAUGUGAUUUUUCUGUUCACCCGAAUUUUAUGUUUAUA